AUGGAAACGUCUUUGGCGGAAUCAGAUCUGGUGCAGUCGGAACCUCGAGGCGAAGAACAUUAUUCUUUAAGGUGGAACAAUCAUCAGAAUCAUAUAUUGAGUGCUUUCGGUGCAUUACUCCAAGCAGAGACAUUGGUAGACGUAACGUUAGUUUGUGCAGAAACGAGUGUACGCGCUCAUAAAGUUGUUUUGAGCGCUUGUUCACCAUUUUUCCAGCGAAUAUUUUCGGAAACACCAUGCAAGCAUCCGGUGAUAGUGUUAAAAGACUUUUGCGGAUGGGAAGUACAAGCCAUAGUCGAUUUUAUGUACCGCGGUGAAAUAAGCGUUAGGCAAGAACGGCUUCGGACACUGAUAAAAGCAGGCGAGUCUCUACAAGUAAGGGGCUUAGUCGACCAUCCGGCUGGGGCACCUGCGAAUGUUAAUUGUCCUGUUAUAGACCAGGAUGAAAUAGACGAAGAUGACAAUGAGUCGUUUCCCGGCUCGCCUUCCACCAACCGAUCGUUGUCGAAUAGUUCUCCUUUGUUCGAUCUGAUUAGGCCGAUGGACUUUGUUCCAGCAUUACCGCGACGCAAACAGGCUCGGCCUAGGAGGCGAUCGGGUGAGAGCGCCCAAGACAUCCCGCAACCGGACAGCGCAAAUUUACAACAGCAAGUGCAAGAUCUUGCAGCCAGUGCUGCAACUGGUGAACAAUAUUUUUGUAGGAAAACUGAUGACACCGAACCUGAGGAUUUGUGUGUCAAGAAAACGCCCGAUCUCAAGGAUACACAAAAAUCCCGCCCAAAUUUAAUUCAACAGAAGCAACAGCACUAUAAACAAAUGCAUCAUGGUAUGAGUUUAAAAGAUGUGCGGAGAUCUAAAUCUAUGAAAAGUGAAUUUGAAAUUGCGGAACAACAAUUAGAUUUAUCGCUACAGCCACCGUCUGCGUCAAAUUUCACACAUAACUUAAUGAUGCAUGGUGAGAGCGGCCCACCCAUUGGAGCAGGUCCAGGUAUGGAGCAAGGGGACUACUCCUCGCCUCCACUCAGCUUACCUUCCAUGGGCCCCGGAACUGGAGGACAGUUAGGACAUUCUAUUAGGAAAGACAGUUCUCCGCUGCAAUUUUCGCAUCUUCCGUCUGUGUCAGCCUUAACAUUGACGCCACCUCACAGUAAGUUAUUUUUUAGUUCUAAUUAUUAUUUGUUUUUUUAA